GCCCUCUGGACCUCUCUGAGCGCUCCGGCCUGGUGCGAGAGCUGCUCCACCACCACAGCAAAACACUGGAGGAGAAGGCGUGGAACAACCAGCUGCGAACGCUGACCUCCAAACGCGGCGCGGGUGACCCGCUGUACCUGCAGCUGGCCUGCGAGGAGCUGAGGACAUUCGGCGUCUUCGAACAGCUGAGUGUGAAGCUGUCCUCGCUGGGACAGACGGUGUCAGCGCUGAUCCAGGACAUCAUCAGCCGGCUGGAGGAGACGUUUGACGCCGGCAUGGUGCGACAGGUGCUGUGUGCCGUCACCAUCUCCGCCCAGGGUCUGGCAGAGGACGAUCUAUUUGAAUUCCUGAAACAGGACUACCGAAACCUGACGCAGUUUACCUUCUCGAGCCUCAUCAGGUCGGGCGAGUGCCUGCUGCAGCGGUGCUCGGCGCCCGGCCAGCCGGCGCUGCUGCGACUGACGCACGCAGAGAUGGGCCGCACCAUUCGCGCCCGGUACCUGGCCGGACCUCAGGGACCGGCCGCCGUCAAACAACUGGCCCGGUCACUGGCCGAGUACUUUGAGCGCUGCGGGGGCCUGCACGAGGAGACGUUCCACUGGCAGGUGCCGCCGGCCGUGCUGCAGGCACUGCCCUACUUCUGGGGACUGGCGGAGGACAUGGAGCAGUACCGACGGGUCAUCUGCUCGCUGAGGUUCCUGAUGCUGAAGGCGCAGAGCGGCCAGUCGGCCGAGCUACUGGACGACGUCCGUGCCUCCCGAGUGGCCGACUCGGCCGGUCGCCGGCUCUACCUGCUACACCCGCACGUCACAGAGGUGGUCGACUUUGUGUCGCACCACCUGCACUUCUUCUCACGCUCGCCGAACCUGGUGCUGCAGCAGGCGAUGAACGAACCAGCCGACAGCUGGCUUCGCUCCAGUGCCGAGCAGCUGGUGCGGGAGAGCCAGCCGCCGGGCACGGCGCUGGUCCGACUGAGCUGCCAACCGCGCCGCUCCGUCAACGAGCCCAGGCCCUGUCAGAUGACACUGCGGCCGGCAGAGGCAGUGACGGCGGCGACGGUCGACCCCGCCGGGGAGAGACUCUACGUCGGCCUGCCCAGCGGCGAGGUCAAACUGUACGACCUGACCUCAGGACGCGAGACGCGCACAUUCACCGGUCACGGAGAGCCAAUCACGAGCCUGGCGCUGCUCGCGGAGGGCACCUACCUGGCGAGCGGAGCCGCGGACGGCCAGCUCAGUGUGUGGGAGGCGGGCUCCGGUCGCCGGCUGGCCGUCACACGCGCCCACCGGCGCCGUGUCGCCUGUCUCACCGUGCAGCCGGACGGCGGGGAGUUUAUCUCGGUCGGCUGGAGCUGCGACAUCAAGCUGUGGCGGUUCCGCGCCUCUGCCGGGCUGGGCUCCUCGUCGGGCGGCAGCGGCGGCGGCGAGCUGCAGGAGGUGCGCACCUUGGAACGCGGCUCGCGCCCCAUCACCUGCGCCGCCUUCCACCCGAGUCGGCCGCUGGUGGCCACUGGUGGAUGGGAUGGCGCAGUGAAAAUCUGGGACACGACGGAGAUGAAACGCAAGGCGGUGCGUCACGGCCACGACUCAUCAGUGCGCUGUCUGGCCAUCUCGCCGGACGCUAGCUACCUGGUGUCGGGAGAUCUGGACGGCUACCUGAUCGUCUGGGGCACCAAACACGGAGACUGGAUCCAGAAGUCGCGCGUGCACGACGGCCCGAUACAGGCGGCCUGCUACCUCGGACCGGAGAAGUUCGUCACGGCUGGCGCUGAUGGGGAUGUUAAGAUGUGGCGCUCUCACGUGGGCAGCGACAUCCACCAGGCGGCCUCCUCGGCCCCCGUCCAGCUGGCUCUGGCCGCUCCGAACGGCUCUCUGCUAACCGUCACCACCGGUGGAGAGAUCUCUCUGCAGCCGGUGGCGCCGCCGACCUCUGGGGACGCGGGCACCGCCGGCCGCGGCGGCCCACCGCGCUGGAGCCGGCGGCUGGAGAACGUCAGCCGCGCGGCCUGCGACCAGCACCGGGUCUACCUGGCUGUCGGCCGGGCCGUGCUCGUGCUGAAGAUGUCGGACGGCAAGACGGAGCGCCAGUUGGCGGCUGGGGCGCCUGUUACCAGUCUGGCCUGCCUGCCGCCCGAGGCGCCUGAUAGCGCCAUGGGGGUGGUGUUGAUGGGAUUGGAGGACGGCCGGGUGGGCGUGGCGCUGGCCGACCGUGGAGAGCUCGUCACCACCGUGGCCCACGCCGGGGAGGUGACCGACAUUGCUGUGAACGUUCACGACCCAGAGCGACCGCGCAUGGCCACCGGCGGACGGGAUGGCAUGGUGCUGCUGUGGUCUGGCGAGGACUCGUGGGACAAGCCGUACCGCUCGCUGGAGGCGUACUCUGUGCCCGUGUCGGCUCUGGCCUGGAUCGACGACCAGCUGGUCACGGCCGGACAGGACUCGCAGAUGCACCUCUACCCGCGGCCCGACGACCCGGCCGGCGAGCGACGCCUGCUCGUCGGAAACGACGCGCCCGUCACCGCCCUCCGCGCGCACACCUGGUGUGAGGGCGUGUCGCGCCGCUCGCACCUGCUGAGCGCCACGGCCGGCGGACAGAUCCUGCUCUGGACCUCGCGGCUGGUGGCCGUCACCGAGCACCACUGUCGACCCACCUCGCGACCCGACCUGACCCGGCUGGCCGACGGGCGCCUGGUGGCCCUGCUGCCGAGGGAGAACGACACAACUGUGGUCGACCUGGAGAAGAUGAGCUGUGUGGCCAGUUUCGGGGACCACACUGCCGACGUGACCGCGGUGGCCGCCACCAACCACAGCCUCGUCUCGGCCUCACUAGAUGGCAGUGUGCGCCUGUGGCGGCUCGAGCAGAGCGGGCUCGCCUCCACAGAUACGGCCCUGCUCGCACUGGAGGUCCUCCACCUGACUCCCGACGGCGCCUCCUGCCAUCUGGCAACCGUCAGCCGGCGCGGUCACGUGACCGUCUGGCAAAUGGACUGGGCCGGCACGGAGAUGCCGGCGGCCGUCUACACGGUCAACAUACUGGAGAAGGAGAAAAAUCCGGAGACGGUCUCCGUGCUGCUGGCCGCCAUCGGCUCGGUCUCCGUCUCCGUCCCCGAGGGCCGCGGUGCCGCAGACUCUGUCUCGUUCACCGCCGGCUGCCUGACGGGCUCGGUGCUGCUACGUCUGGACGUGACUGUACCGCUGGGAGGAGCGCUCGCCACUGGAGGCGGCUCCCACUCUCUGCUGAGACAGACGGUGCCGGCCGACGCGCCUGUGCUGUGUCUGGCUGUUGGCCGCGCCCGCUCACUGCUACUGGGAGACAGCCUGGGACGGGUCAACGUGUAUGACGCAGAGAUGAAGAGACACGCCCGGUACCGCUGCGGCGCCGGCUCUGACCCGUCCGUUACCCACAUCAUCUGUCCGAGCGGAGAGGAAGUGGUCAUCACCUGUGACCGAAACGGCAUGGUCUGCACACUCAAACAGACCGACAAGCUCAACAUUCUGCACGCCUCCUGGGAGCCGGCGCUGGAGACCUCUGUGGGUCUGACGCCGCCGCCGGCCGCCGGCGUCCAGCUGGACAAGGACUCGCCGCGGCCCGUCAUCACGCCUCCGUCCGCGAGGGCCCGGCCGGCCGAUCGGCGCGGUCCCGCGCCCGGCACCCCCACCGCCGUCCUGACCGGCGACGGUGGCCCCGUGGUGGUCGGAGACAGCGGAGGGCUGAUCUGGUGUUCGCCGAAAAUGAAACAGUCCUCCGACAGCGAGCAUAAGAGCGUGAAGGCGCACUCGGCGGCGGUGAGCUGGCUGGGCCGCGACCCGUCCCGACAGGACAUUCUGUUCAGCUGCGGACGCGACCGGCGACUGGUGGUGUGGAGACUGCGCCAGCCGACGGCCACCGACGCACCCGUACCCGAACAGGUGGGCGAGUUCGAGUUCGCCAGCAGUGUGCGCGUGUGCGCGGCGCUGGCGGCCGCCACUGCGGGCGGGCCGAGCCGGCUGGUGUGUGGCGACGACCGCGGCCGGCUGCACUGCCUGCUGGUGGACCUGCAGCAGGUACCUGCUGCAGGUGUACCACCGGCUGCGCCGGAUGCUUCCGACAGCAGCAGCGAGUCCAGCAGCGGGCUGAGGCUCGUGGCCAGGAUACGGAACGAGCAGCGGGCCAGACGAUGGAAGGAAGGGGUAGAGACAAAACUCACCGAUACUGACAUGUACCGGAUGUGAGAGAUACUAAUUACUGACGCGGAUACACAAUCUGACCGAGUGUGACCGAUACUGACAGAUACCGGACUUGACCGAUACCUACACAGAUACUUGAUAAGACGGACUGGUCAAGACUAGCAUCAACACUAAUAGAACCGAAAGGCUGAUGCUACGGAGGCUGUUUGAAUCCCGUGACCCGAGACCGAAACUGGACUGUCUGCGUCUGGAGUCUGCUUCAGUCCGAUACUGGAGUCUGAUCCAGUUUGUAGCUGCGCACGUAGGGUAUAGCUCGUCUCUGCCUGUAGCCGUAGGUGUAUUCUCCGCCAGCCUUCCCGUAUAGUAGCGUCUCGCUCGGUGGUGGCUCUCCGCGCCGGUGUUUGGCGCUGCUCUGCCCGGGUUCAGCGGCUCUGCCAGGAGGGGGACGGCGCGCCGACCAGACUGAGUGCAGUGUGUUCACUGUACACUUUGCGUGGUGUGUGCUAUCGUAGUGAAUACCGAAUUCCCUGCCAGCCUGCGUGGUAUGUGAUACGGGCCAUGUAUUUUCAUUGGUGCUAAGAAAUGUUUCGAAGAGAUUUUAAUUAUGUGAACUUUUGCUAUUGUGCCGUCCUGUUGUGCUGAAAGUGCAUUUGAAACGCUGCAUAGUCGUUCUUUCUGUGAUGUCUUUUUUGUUAGAGUAGGUUAUUGGUGCUAAAAAGGUGCUAUUGUUUUAGGGGUUGUUUAUAACCGUGAUGCUGUGGCAACCCGCAAUCACAGGGAGCGUUGUCUCUGUGCCUUGGGAUUGCCACGGCAUAUUGUUUGCUCGAGCGCAAUAAUGUGUGCUGAACUGCUGACUGCUUUAUAAUCGAUCACUUUAAUACAGAUAUUCGUACCUGCA